AUGCUUAAUAAAAGAAAGAAAAGACUGUUGAGAACUAUACCUAGUGCAGGGUCUAAAUCAAAAAACUGCUUGUGGAACACCAUUAUCGGUGGGCUGACCAGCAACCUCAAGGAAAGACCAAAGCUGACCAUUAUCAAUGACCCGAGACCUUCUGAAGAAAUUUUAGCAGAUCAACUACUGCCAGUGGAGAGCCCUGAGGCAUUGGUGAAAACAUCUUUCAGGAGAAAAUAUAAGAAAACAUCACAGAGAUUAUGGUCUUUGGUAAAGCAAAUGGAGAGAGGGGAAGUUUCAAUUGUAGAUCUAAAGAAGAAUUUGGAAUAUGCGACUACUGUUCUUGAGUCAGUAUACAUUGAUGAAACUAGGCGUUUACUGGACACAGAAGAUGAACUCAGUGAUAUCCAGUCUGACUCUGUGCCAUCAGAGGUCCGUGACUGGUUGGCUUCUACCUUCACACGGCAAAUGGGGAUGAUGCUCAAAAGGACUGAGGAAAAACCCCGGUUCAGGAGUAUCGUCCAUGCAGUGCAAGCUGGGAUAUUUGUGGAAAGAUUUCUCCAAGUUUUGACAGGCUACUUGUGGAUUAACCCUCAUUCUGUGGGGGAUUUGCUCAACGAGGAACACUGGCUGACAGAGCUGGAGAUCUUCGCUGUGAUUUUUGCAGCUGCCAUACAUGACUAUGAACACACUGGAACCACCAACAAUUUUCACAUCCAGACAAGUCUCGUUGUGAUGCUAUCCAAAAGGGAAUUUAGAGCUCUAGUCAUUCAGAUGGUGUUGGCUACCAAUAUGUCCUGUCACUUCCAACAAAUCAAAGCUAUGAAGAAUGCUUUGCAGCAGCCAGAAGGAAUUGACAAGCCGAAAGCCUUAUCACUAUUAUUACAUACAGCAGAUAUCAGUCAUCCAGCCAAGGCCUGGGAUCUCCAUCAUCGCUGGACCAUGUCUCUGCUAGAGGAGUUCUUCAGACAGGGCAACAAGGAAGCAGAACUAGGGCUGCCCUUCUCUCCUCUGUGUGAUCGGACAUCUACUAUGGUUGCUCAGUCUCAAAUAGGUUUCAUUGAUUUCAUUGUGGAACCCACCUUUACUGUGCUGACUGACAUGACAGAGAAAAUUGUGACUCCACUAAUUGAUGAAGCUUCCCUCUCUGGCAUGCCUGGAUUUAGGCGUUCCAGUUUGAAUAGCAUUAGAACCUCUGAAGUAAAAAGAUCAAGUGUCAAGAGCACUGGGUCCGAAGGAAGUGCCUCACUCAACUGCUCCAUACUCACUGUGGACUUCAAAUGUUUUAAAACCACCUGGACUGAGGUGGUACAGCAGAACAGGGAGAAAUAGAAAGCACAAGCCACCAAAGAAGAAAAGGCUAAGAGAGAAGCAGAGGAAAAUGCUUAUCAGGGAACAGAUGAAAAGGAAAGAGAUGAACAGGAUGGGAAGCCAGGUGAAGAUGUCACAGAAGCAAAGACAAAAAAGAGCAAAGAACCAAAUCCUGGGGAAAGCAAAAAGACAGAGUCCAGUAAGAAUCCUGUAAAUGGGACUUGGCAAAGUGGUAUGAGCAAACAUGAAGCCUAUCAAAGGAAAAACACAGCUAGGACAGAUAAGAAAAUGGAUCUUCAUCAUACUGUGGGAGAAGAGAAACAGCAUGUUCAGAAUGGUGAAUUAAAGGAAGACAACAAAUUGGAUGGAAAAGAUAAGUGUAGUGUGAGGGAUGAAUCAAAGAAAACAGAUUCUAAGGACAUAUUGGCAGGAGCUAGUAAAGGAAUAACCAUCAUUGUUCUUCCUUUGUCACCACCAGCCAUCAAACUUCAACUGCAUUACCUCAGGAGGCCUACUAACAACCCAGGGGACUAUUUCCCUGUCUUACAGAAGAAAUUGGAGGAACAUACAGUGAGAGGUAAGGUGUUUGACAAAAGGGGAAGAAUGAAGAAAAUUCCCCAAAGUUAG